UUGAACUAUAACUAUAACUCAUACUUCGUUCAUCGUUGUCGUUCAACAUAAACAAAUAUUUAGAUUGUUUACGUUUUAACUUUUAAUAGGGCGCACAUAUAAAAAUAAAUUUUAUUGGUAAAAUAAUAAUUACAUAAAUAAGAACUGUUUGUUAUAUUGAUCGUUAUGGAGGUAGUGGAAGAAGAAAACCCAUUACGAAUUUAUACUGAAGCAACAAAUAAUCUUCAUAUUAAUUUAAAAAAUAGUGUUGGACGACCAAGAAAAAAAAGUGAAAUACAAUUUAGUCCGCAACCAAAAUCUAUAAUAUCUAUUCUACUAAGUAAAGAAAAAAAAUAUACCGAAAACGGUGAAAAUUUUAAAAACAAAAUUAAUAAUCGUACCGUGCGGAAUGAUGCGACGACCGAGGAUUUUUCAAAACGGGAGCAAAAUGACCAAAGUGAUUGUUCUGAACAAAAUAUAGAAUUCCAAACAGAUAAGCUUUAUGAAUGUAAUUAUUUAAACUGUACAUACUCUACAAAGUUUCCAUCUAAUCUUAAAACGCAUAAAAGAAUCCACACCCCUGAACAACGAUACAUCUGCGAUGAAUGUACCUUUAGGUCAAAAUUUAUAAGCUCAUUAAAAACUCACAAACGUCUCCAUAGAGAUGAGCGACCUUAUGCUUGUAAAUAUUGUGCUUAUAAAUGUAACAGUCAUUCAAAUUUAAAGAAACAUAUUUCACGUAAGCAUAUAGAAAUUAAUAAAAAAUAAAAGUAAUUUGAUAUUAUAUACUUUUUUAUGUGUGGGUAAAGGAAAAAAAAAAUUAUAAGCUUUUAUAAUUUUUUAAUAACCUAAAUAAAACCUUAUAAAGUACAUAAUAAACAGACAUAAAUAUUUUACUACCCAGUGUCGUCUUAAUAUAACAUGAUAAUUAUUUUUAACACCAUGAUAUAUAUAUAAAUAUUACCAUUUUUUAAUUCCUUUCUAUUGGCAAGGAUAUAAAAUAAGCUAAAUUAAUACUAUGCUGGUAUGCAUCUAUGAAGCCUAUGUCAGUGACAA